AUGUACACACGAUUGCAUAAAGUUUUUAGAGAAUUACAAGGAGGAGAAUCGGUAGAUAUGAUUAUAUCUCAAGCAAGACCAGAAGCCAUUACUUUGGAGGAUGAUCCAUACUUUGAAAUGGAAAUGAAUAUUCUCUCAAUGAAUCAGGAAAAUAAUAAUUUGGUUCCUGAUGUAGAAGAAUUAUUGGAUUGGGGACAGUUUUUACCUACAAGUCAAGAAGUGAAUAUCUAUAGAAAUUCAUCACAAAGAUCAUUAAUAACUCUUCCCGAUGCUUCAGACCAAAGUUUUUCAGUAUCUUCUAAUAAUGGAUUUAAUGGUAGUUUAGAUUUUGGUAGUAUGGAAGAUGACAUAUUAAUGACUGAAGAUUCUGGAAUUAGAAUUGACUUUGAUGAAGAUGGCGUAAAUCCUAACAUAAAAGAAAUUGUUAGAAGAGUAAGGGAAGAACAUGAUGAUGCGGGUCGUAUAAGUGUUGUAAAUGGUGUAAAUGGACGGAAAAAUAAGAGAAAACGAAUUGAUGAUGAAAUAAUUACUGAAGAAGGGGGACAAGAAAUUAUGGUAAAAUUAACAAUAAUAACUGAAAUUACACAAUAUAAAUAA